AUGAAGAACCCAGUCAAGCAAAUGCGCUUCCCAGCGCUCGAAGACAUCUUCGAGUACGUACAAGAUGUCGUAGAGACCUCCGGCCGAUGGGUCAACUGGCAAAUCAUACGCGGCAAACGACAUAUAUGGUGGGAGACAGACUGGGACGUGGUAUCACGCUGGGCGCAAUCGAUCAUCGAGACAGAACAACGUCUACGCGAAACCACUCAACGUGAGAACUUCCUCAAGAAGUGGAUCCACACAUUCCACAACGGCUCUGACGAGGCAGGGAAAUUCGUUUUACCGGAUCUGAUUGAAGACUUGAUAGCCCUGGACCAAGAGACGGAUAUAUGUGGAUUCGAAAGCAGCCGCAGUGGUAUCUCGGGAGUGAAUGGCUACGCCAGGAUUGUGCGAGACGAGGUGGGUGCUGUGGUCUUCACCCUUCUCUUCAUUAUCCAACCCUCAACGAUGGAGAGUGACACUUAUCAAGAUGAGACCAUCUGGGCUCCAGGAACAGUGAGACUAGAAGAUAUCCACCAAUCCAGAGACCAACUAGUCCUAUUCCCCACCCCAUCAUCCGACCCCAACGAUCCCCUGAAUUGGUCAACAGCCCGCAAAGCCCUCAAUUUCGCCCUAGUCAGCUUCUUCGUCCUAUGGACCUUCGUCCAACUCGACAUCGGCUUCACAGCAUGGGGUCAAAUGCAACCAGAGCUCAACUUCUCACUCGACAUCCUAAACGCCAACGCAGCAAUCAACUACGGCGGUCUCGCCAUAGGCUGUAUAUUCUUCAUGCCGCUGGUCCACAAGUAUGGCCGACGCCCAAUCUACAUACUAAGUGUCGCCCUACAGUUCGCAUCAUGCAUCUGGCAAGCCAAGAUGACGACCGUCGGCGAUCUACUGGGCAGCGGCCUGGUAUCCGGCAUCGGCGGCGCAAUCAGCGAGAUCAUCGUACAGAUCACCAUUGCUGACAUGUUCUUCGUGCACCAGCAUGCCACGAUGAACGGAUGGUAUAUCAUCAUCCAGUCUACAGGUGCAUUCCUUGGUCCCGUAGCUUCGGGAUACAUCGUGGUGGCACAAGGGUGGAGGUGGAUGUGGUGGUGGUGUGUGAUUUUCUUCGGCGUCACACUACUCUGUGUGGUAUUCCUCUUCGAGGAAUCGAAAUAUGUUCCCAUUCUGGAUGGUCGCGAGGUGAUCUUGGAUGCACAAGUGACUGGUGAACCGUCUAAAUCACACUUAGACGGGGACGUGGUAGACGCAAAGAGCGCCAGUGAGACCUUCGCUAGUCGCGUGCAUACCAACCAGGAUAUCCCGCUGAAGACCUAUUCUCAGCGGAUGGCUCUGGUGACUACCACGAACGAAGCGCUGUGGCCGCAUUUCUAUCAACCAAUCAUCGCGCUCUUUACCUUCCCGGCUGUCACGUACGCGGCUAUCACAUAUGGGUCUACGCUAUGCUGGUUUGCCGUCAUGACUUCGCUACAGGCUUCUUACAUGAUUUUACCGCCUUAUAACUUCGAUGCUGUUGGUGUUGGGCUGAUGAACUUGGCUCCAUUUAUUGGAGCUGUUCUUGGUUUCCCCUUUGGUGGACAGUUGAGUGAUAAAUCUAUUCUUUGGUUAUCCAAGCGCAAUGGUGGUAUUUAUGAACCCGAAAUGCGUCUUUGGCUUGCUCUGCCUAUUGCCAUUAUUAGUCCUGCGGGGAUACUAAUGUUCGGGCUGGGUCUUGCCUAUGGUGUGCAUUGGGCUCUCCUUGCUAUUGGAUUUGGAUUCUUUGGUUUUGCACUUGCUGCCGUUGGCGGUAUUACGCUUUCAUAUCUCAUGGAUUGCUAUCAAGACAUUAUCGGUGAUGCAUUAGUCGGAGUAAUCUUUAUGCGAAACAUCUUCUCGGUGAUUGUACUGUUUGUCCUAACUCCUUGGGUCAACAGGAUGGGCAUGCGAGAUUUGCAUAUUCUGAUUGCGGUGAUUGCGUUUGUGAUUCUGCUGGCUCCUAUCCCACUACUCGUCUGGGGUAAGAAGGCCAGGAUUGCGACGGCGCCGAGUUAUAGGAAAAUGGCGGCAAAUCAGCUUAGCCAUCGGACUAUCUAG